UUCUGUUUGUUGAACAGCUUUGAGACUCCAGAACAGAACAAGGCAUGUGUGACUGAGUUUGUCCUCCUGGGUUUCCCUGGUCAAAGGGAGACACAGAACUUCCUGUUCACAUUAAUCCUGGUGUUUUAUCUCCUAACCCUGCUGAGCAAUGGGGCUAUUAUCUGUGCAGAGAAAUGGGACAGGCGGCUCCACACACCCAUGUACAUCCUCUUGGGAAACUUUGCCUUCCUAGAGAUCUGGUAUGUUUCCUCCACUGUCCCAAACAUGCUGGUCAACAUCCUCUCUGAGACUAAGACCAUCUCUUUCUCUGGCUGCUUCUUCCAGUUCUACUUCUUUUUUUCACUGGGUACAACUGAGUGUUUCUUCUUAUCAGUUAUGGCCUGUGAUCAGUACCUAGCCAUCUGCCACCCACUGCACUACCCGUCUAUCAUGACUAGAAAGUUCUGUGUGAUUCUGGUCUGUGUUUGCUGGAUGAGUGGAUUCCUCUGCUACCCAGUCCCCAUUGUCCUUAUCUCCCAACUUCCCUUCUGUGGACCCAAUAUCAUUGACCACAUUUUGUGCGACCCAGGCCCAUUGUUUGCACUGGCCUGUGUCCCUGCGCCUUCUGCUGAGCUUAUCUGUUACACCUUCAACUCAGUGAUUAUCUUUGGGCCCUUCCUCUCCGUUUUGGGAUCUUACACUCUGGUGCUCAGAGUUGUUCUUCGUGUUCCCUCUGGAGCUGGUCGAACUAAAGCUUUCUCUACAUGUGGGUCCCAUCUGAUGGUAGUGUCUCUAUUCUAUGGAACUCUUAUGGUUAUGUAUGUGAGUCCAGCAUCAGGGAACACAGCAGGGAUGCAGAAGAUCAUCACUUUGGUAUACUCAGCAGUGACUCCACUACUAAAUCCCCUUAUCUAUAGUCUCCAAAACAAGGACAUGAAAGAUGCCCUAAAGAAAGUCCUAGGACUAAGAAUUAGCCAAAACUGAGACAUAUUUGAAAGAGAAGCUGAGUUUGUCACUUCCGGCCCGUGCUAUUAAUAAUAAAAAUAGAGAAUGGCAUCAGUACAUCAUAUUUCGGCUCACACUGAAGAGAGAGAAUUAUCUUUCACUGUUCCUUAACAGUUCAGUGGGCCCUGGAAGUACAGUGAUUAAAGCACUUGGUUGCUAACUAAAAGGUCGGCAGUUAGAACCCA